UUUAUUACCAUUUUAGUAAAGUAUAUUACUUCAAUAUUUCAUCAAAACAUUACCAAAACAAGAUAUAAUGACGUUCAAGACGUUUAUUUUGCUAGGACUUUUGCUUGGUUCGGCUCUCUUCAUUUCUUCACUUGGAAAAGUUGAUGGGGAGAUUGUAGAAGACACAAGGGAAGGAGUUAACCAAAGAGGCAAAGGAGGUGGCAAAGGGGGAGGCGGCCAAGGUGGUGGUAAAGGAGGUGGAGGCGGCGGCGGAGGAGGACAAGAUGAAGUUCCCGCGUUUGACAUCAAUCAAGCCGGAGGUAAGGGAAGUGGUUCUGGAGGAGGACAAGGUGGUGGUAAAGGAGGUAUAGGAGGAGGUAUAGGAGGAGGUCAAGGUGGUGGUAAAGGUGGUAUAGGAGGAGGUGGCUCCGGAGGAGGUAAAGGUGGAGGUGGCCAAGGAGGAGGCAAAGGUAAAGGUGGUGGCUCUGGAGGAGGUAAAGGAGGUGGCGGUGGAGGUGGCGGAGAAGAGGUCAUAGACAUUAACGGACACGGAGGAGGUGGUUAUGGCGGAGGACACGGAGGAGGUGGGUAUGGCGGAGGACACGGAGGAGGUGGUUAUGGUGGCGGAGGACAUGGAGGGGGUGGGUAUGGUGGAGGAGGACAUGGAGGGGGUGGCGGAGGACAUGGAGGGAGAGGUGGAGGAGGGUUUGAAGAAGAAGAAUUUGAUAUUGAUCAGGCAAGAGGGGGUGGCCAAGGCAGAGGACAAGGAGGUAAAGGAGGCGGUCAAGGCGGGGGACAAGGAGGUAAAGGAGGUGGUCAAGGCGGAGGAGGAGGUAAAGGAAGUGGCGGAGGACAAGGAGGAGGAAGAGGCGGUGGAGGAGGUGGAGGGUUUGAAGAAGAAGAAUUUGAUAUUGAUCAGGCAAGAGGAGGUGGUCAAGGCAGAGGACAAGGAGGUAAAGGGGGUGGUCAAGGCGGGGGACAAGGAGGUAAAGGAGGUGGUCAAGGAGGAGGAGGAGGUAAAGGAGGUGGCGGAGGACAAGGAGGUAGUCAAGGAGGAGGAAAAGGUGGUUCCGGAGGAAGCCAAGGGGGUAGUCAAGGAGGAGGUAAAGGUGGUUCCGGCGGAGGACAAGGAGGUAGUCAAGGAGGAGGCAAAGGUGGUUCCGGCGGAGGACAAGGGGGUAGUCAAGGAGGCAGCAAAGGUGGCUCAGGAGGAAGUCAAGGAGGAGGCAAAGGUCAUUCUGGCGGAGGUCAAGGAGGUAGCCAAGGAGGAGGCAGAGGAGGAGGAGGCGGUUCCGGAGGAGGCAGAGGAGGUGGUGGUGGAGGAGGAUUGAACUAAGUACGUAGGGAAUCAUUAUAAAACACAUGGUGGAUAAUCGAUGUUAUGAGGGUUCAAGUGCUAAAGUUGGACAACCUUCAACGUGAUCGGCACAUCAUGGGGUUAAAUAUCUAUAGUACGUAGUUAUAUUGUAUAUGUAGUAUAUAUAGAUGUAAGACUUGAAGAGAUCGAAUAAGAGAUUGUCAAGAAAAAUACUUGUAACGUUUCCUUAUAUAUAUGCAUGAGACUUUCUCUAGUACUUUAAUUUC